AUGAGGCAUGUGACCGUCUUUCUGGGACAAGGCGAGCAUGGAGCUGCCGCUGGCCGCCUCGCCUGCCGGAUGGAGAGAGACGGCGUGUGGAGUAAAGUACCGCAGAAACACAGGGAAUCGAGAGACAGAGGAAUCCUGGUUCUGACGUCAUUGUCUGGGUCCCUGGAACACGCAGCCUUUGGAAAGGGGCACAAAAGGGCCAUCGCUGGCCCACGGGGAGCAACGCUCGAGUGCCUCGCCUGGGUCACCCGGCCUUUCUCCUUGCAGUCUGCUUCACUCUCCAUCCUAACCAUCGUUUUCCAGGCUUUUGAAUUAUUCCUUCUUUGUCUGCCUCUGGGCCAGGAUCCCAGCCCCAUGAGAGGGGCAAACCAGUCGAGUGUGUGCGAGUUCCUCCUCCUGGGGCUCUCCCAGCAGCCCUGGCAGCAGCAGCAGCUCCUCUUCCUGCUCUUCCUGGGCAUGUACCUGGCCACGGUCCUGGGAAACCUGCUCAUCCUCCUGGCCAUCAGCCUGAACGCCCGCCUGCACCGCCCCAUGUACUUCUUCCUCAGCAACCUGUCCUUCGUGGACAUGUGCUUCUCCUCCACCACGGUCCCCAAGAUGCUGGCCAACCACGUCCUCGGACGUCACACCAUCUCCUUCUCCGGGUGUCUCACCCAGAUGUAUUUUCUCUUCACGUUCGUGGACAUGGACACUUUCCUCCUGGCUGUGAUGGCCUAUGACCGCUUUGUGGCUGUGUGUCGCCCCCUGCACUACUCCACCAAGAUGACCCACCCGCUCUGUGUCCUGCUGGUCACGGGGUCAUGGGUCAUUGCCAACUCGAAUGUUUUGUUGCAUACCCUGCUGAUGGCUCGGCUCUCGUUCUGUGGGGACAAUGCCAUCCGCCACUUCUUCUGUGAUGUGAGCCCCCUCCUGAAACUGUCCUGCUCGGACACACACCUCAAUGAGGUGAUGAUUCAGACGGAGGGGGCCCUGGUCACGAUCACCCCCUUUGUCUGCAUCCUGGUGUCGUACAUCCUCAUCACCCGCGCUGUGCUGAGCGUCCCCUCGGCCAAGGGCAGAUGGAAAGCCUUCUCCACCUGUGGCUCCCACCUGGCUGUGGUUUCCCUCUUCUGUGGCACCAUCAUUGCUGUGUAUUUCGCCCUUUUUUCCUCCCACUCGUCUGAGCAGGACACCGCAGCUACUGUGCUGUACACAGUGGUGACAUCCGCGCUGAACCCUUUCAUCUACAGCCUGAGGAACAGGGACUUGCAAAGGGCCUUGCAAACAGUGAUUGGCCAGAAGCCACGCUCUUACUGA